UCUUCUCCAAACAUCAACGUUGCCACAAAAGCCGGUGUGAAUCUAAUUUGUCUGAAACCGAAAUCCAUUCUUCUUCAUCACAAUUUCACAUUAACAAUGGUAGUUGAAGCUCAUCAGCUUUUUCUUCCAAAACCCCCUUUCUCUUCUCCUUCUUUCCCUUCUCCACCACCCCAUUUUUCUUCUUUCCUUUUUCACCCUUCUUCUCUCUCUUUAGCCCUCUUCCAUUCCGAUUCUUCUAUCUCUCUCUACUCUUCUUUCUCUCCUUUCUCUAUCUCUUCCUUUCCUCCUCCGCAAACCACCCUCCCUCCGCCCAUAUCCGCUGCCGCUUUCCUCCUCCUACGGAACCCUAAUCCGAUCACCCUCUUUCUCAUCUCAUCUCCUAUUUCAGGAGGCUCCGCAGUUCUGUUCCGUUUCUAUAUCCUUAAUUCUGCGAGGAAGUCUUUUACUCCGGCGAAAGUUGUAUGCAAUCACAGUGAUUUCAAGUUUGAUGAGAGUAAAUUCGGGGUGGUUUUUGGGGUUUCUCACGGGGUUUCGGUGAAAUUGGUUGCGGAUGUUAAUGUAUUUGCGUUGUACUCUAUUUCGAAUGGUAAAGUUUGGGUUUUUGCUGUGAAACACCUGGGGGGUGAGGAGCUGAAAUUAAUGAAGUAUGCGGUGAUUGAUUGUUCUCUGCCGGUGUUUUCCAUUAGUGUAUCUUUUGGGGUCCUGAUUUUGGGGGAAGAUAAUGGGGUCAGGGUUUUCCCCCUGCGGCCAUUGGUCAAAGGAAGAGUUAAGAAAGAGAGGGGUGCGAAUAAGAAAAGUUUGAAUGGUGGGCUAGAAAAAGAUAAGAUGGAGAUUAAAAAGCUACCUUUACGAAAUGGGAUGAUUCAUGGUAUUAAUGCUGAGAUUAGUGCUGCUGAUGGUAGCAAAUUGAUGGAACUGAAGUUUCCUUCCAAUGGUGUAUUGGAUGAAAGGGUCGAGAACCGCACUGAAUCAGCAAAGUUAAGGUCUGUGAGACUCAGACAAGAUUCCAGAGAGGGUAUUGCAAACUUCGUGGCAUUCAAGAACAAGGAUGAUAAUUUUGAAUCGAUCAAGAUACCGGUUAAGUCAGCAAAAGCUAUUGGCAUUCAGGCCUUAUCUUCAACCAGGUUUCUGAUCUUGGACUCUGAAGGAAAUCUUCACCUCUUGUUCCUUGCAACUUCUGUUCAUGGAUCGGAGACUCCUUAUAGCAUGAAACAGUUGACUCACAACAUGAAAGUUCGAAAGCUCACUGUUCUUCCGGAUUCUUCUACAAGAGCACAAACUGUUUGGAUAUCGGAUGCACUUCAUACUGUACACAUGAUUGCGGUGACUGACAUGGAUGCAUCUGUUAAUCAAACUGACUGCAAAGACCCAGCAGAGAAGCUUGUACAGACUUCAGUUGUGCAAGCAAUAUUUUCCAGUGAAAAGGUCCAAGAAAUUGCAGCUUUGUCUGCGAAUACAAUAUUACUUCUUGGACAAGGAAGCAUGUUUGCAUAUGCAAUUUCCUAGAGAUGCUGAGUGGUUUUUUGUGGUCAUUCAUGUUUCACAUUUGGAUAGACAAGUAAUGCCGAUUGGGUGGUUUUGGUGUUCUCUUGUGGGAGGAUCUUUGUGCUGCAGUUGUCAAUAUCUAUCAAGUGGUUCAUAACAAGUGAAGGAGGCUGAGCUCUUGGAUGAAGCUAUUUGGAGGAUCUGACUAGUGGUUGUUGGGCGAGGUCAACUCUUUCAACAAUUGAUGCCCGCUCUGCUGCAUGGCUUCCAUUACUGCAGAGAUCUAAGUGCACUGUAAUCAUUGAAGCCGCAUAUUGGAUGAUACAAUUGUUGCAUGUGUUCUUGGUCGUUGCUGCUGGAAUUCUCAACAUUGAUGAGGGGGUACGAGACCAAGCAUCCAUGUUAAGAUGUGUGGUAAGAGGGCUUCUGCCAUUAUAUUGGUCUAAUAUUGGCUUGUUUUUGGGAAUUUAGCUUCUGUCUGUAAUAAGCUUGGUAGAAUUAUGCUUAUGUUGGAGAUGAGGUUAUGGUUUUCUGAUACCUAGACCUGCGAACUUAAGCUGUCAUACUCGGUGAGAUUAACCCCUCGUUACCAGACCAUAUUAGCCUUUUCACUAUUGAUUGUAAUCGACAAUCAUCUCAAGGAUGUCAAGUCAGUGCAGAACUAUUUACUGCUAUUAUCUGGCUCUCUAGAGUGCUAUAGAUGCUGUUGAAUAUAAGAUUUUUAAUUUCACCA